GCUGCCCGAAAAUUCCUCUCCAAAUGGCGCCACCCAACGAGGAGGAGCGUGCAGACAGACACGACCACCACCACCACCAUCACCACCACCAUCACCAUCACCAUAAAGGCCAGCGGCGGUCGGAGCCACACAGGGGCAAGGCCAAGGCGAGACCAAAGGUGGAAGGAAGACGCGCGUGGGAGCCGCUGACAUCUCUUCUCUGUUUGUGGAUGUCAGUACUUUUCACUCUGCACGUGCUGCGCGGCAGAGCGCGACAAACUGGUCGGGAGGAAGAGAGAAGAACUGCAUUGCAAUGCAUGGGCCACCUUUGCCUGUGCAGUUGCCGUCGACCCCGCCGAAUGAACCGGCUCAGCCGAGCAGCCCCGCAGCUGCUGCUGCUGCCGCUGCCACGAGCCCAUCCAGUGCAGAGGCCCGCCCCAGCCCCUUCAGCAUCCUUUCCUGGGCCUCGUGCUGUACUGUCCGGUCUCGGGAGGAAGGCAUGGACAGCUUGCACUCGUCCAGUGCCAGCGAGGGCAGAAUUGCCUUCGACAGACAGAGCAUCGUGCAAGAACAGAGCCUUGGAAGUGAGGGAGGGAGAAGAAGAGGGACAUUCAGAACUGCUCGUCAGUGAGUGUAUGUAUCGCUUGUGCGUGCAGAGAAUGAGUCGAUUCAGGACUACUACGAGCUGACCAGCGAGCAGCUGGGCAAGGGCAGCUAUGGAAGCGGUCAGUGCACGAGGGCUGGCAUUUGUUCUCUUUAUCCGUGGAUGGACGCAUGUGUGUUUGUUGUGGGUGCAGUGCAGAAGGCGAGGGACCGGCGGACAGGCGCUGUCCGUGCAGUGAAGAUCAUCAAGAAGUCCAGGAUCGAGAACAUCACCCGGCUCAAAAGGGAGAUCACUAUCAUGAAGAAACUCGACCACCCCAACAUCAUGUAUGUCAUGUCAGCAAAACGCUGCCCUGCCCCCACACUUACUGUGUAUGGUACGCCUCAGAAAAUUGUUUGAGGUGUUUGAGGAUGAUGAGCACAUCUAUCUGGUGCUGGAGCUGUGCACGGGUGGAGAGCUGUUCGCAAGAAUCAUCAAGAGCGGGCACGCACACAUACACAUACACACACAUCCGAUCUUAAGAGACUAUCCCCAGCGAAUGUCCGUGUUCCCUUUGCUGCAGCCACUUCAGCGAGUACCAUUCCGCCGUGGUGAUGAAGCAGGUCCUGUCGGCCAUCUGGUACUGCCAUGAGAAUGGCAUCAUCCACAGGUAGGUGUGGAGACAUGAAUACACUUUGUCGUCAGCGGGGAGCAUCGUUGAUUGCUCCUGGUGGCCGUGUGGUCAGGGAUUUGAAACCUGAGAAUUUGCUGUAUUCGACGGACAGCUCGACGUCGUCCAUCAAGAUCAUCGACUGGGGCUUCGCAGCCAUGUGCUCCAAGGAUCAUGAGUUCUACUCGACGGUCGGGACGCCAUACUACGUCGGUCAGCAACCAACCUAGACAUAGGCACACGGCCACAAGGUGGCCGAGGGUACAUGUGUGUCUUGUGCAGCGCCUCAGGUGUUGAUGGGCAAGUACGACAACAAGUGCGACCUGUGGAGCGCCGGUGUCAUCCUGUACAUACUGCUCGCCGGCUACCCCCCAUUCCGUACGAUGGGUGGAGGGAUGCCUCUGAGAGAUAAGAGCCGGCAGGCACAUGUGUGUCUAUGUCUUGGUCCCUGCAGACGGUAAGGACAAUCAGGAGAUCUUGAAGGAGGUCAAGAGCGGCAAGUAUGACUUCGACCCGCGCUUCUGGGGGCACGUCAGCGAUAAGGCCAAAGACCUCGUCAAAAGGCUGCUAGUGUUCAGCCCACAGAAGAGGUACAACGCAUAGCAGGCACUCUCGCACUCGUAAGGCCGAUACAUGCCAUCGUACGAGUGACUCCCGGUGUGCGUGUCUACAGGUGGAUGGUGGAGACGCUCAAGAAGGGCGAAGCCAACACGGUGCAGCCGACGAUCAACCCCCUGAUCGUGGAGAACUUCAAGGCCUUCCGCACACAGGCCGUCAUGAAGCAGCUGGCCAUCACAGUAAUCGCAUACCAGUUGUCGGAGAAGGAGAUCCAGGACCUGCACAAGAUCUUUGUCGCCCUCGACACCGACGGCGAUGGGGUGCUCUCAUCACAGGUGGGUAUGGUUUGCCGGCCACUGAUUGAUAUGUGUCUCUGGACAGACACGUGGCGGUAAUGUCAUGCAGGAGUUGCGUGAUGGGUUCAUGCGGAUGCGGCUCAACCUGCCACCCAACUUCGACCAGCUGGUCAGGGAAAUAGACACCAACCAGUCCGGCAAAAUCGGUACUUGAUUCGGGAGACACAGGAACCCCUUAGUGUCGAUACGUCCCCUGCUCUCGUCUUGUGUCUUGCAGACUACACAGAGUUCCUGGCAGCGGGCAUAUCACAGCAGUAUUAUGACAAGGAAUCGGCGUGUCGGGCCGCUUUCCGCGUGUUUGACCUCGACGGCGACGGCAAAAUCACCAAGUGAGCUAGUGCAUGCCACCGGGUGUGGUGUCUCGCCCUCGGUAGAGAUGCGGUGUGGAUGUGUCAGGGAAGAGUUGAAGCAGGUUUUGGGGACGCAUUUCGCUGACAACUUCAACAACCGAUCCAUUGACGACAUCAUCAAAGAGGUAGGCUACCUACCCUGACUGACGAGUGUGUCUCACUCAGCACUCUCUCUCUGUCCUUCCAUGUGUGUGUGUGUCGGUCGUGUCGUGUAUGCAGGCUGAUUCCAAUAAUGACGGAUGUGUGGACUUUGACGAGUUUCUGGCCAUGAUGCGGGCCAGCAACAGUAGAAGGGUACACUCGUCCCUCUUCCCCGCACCGGUGAGGUCCAGACUCGUGUAGCCAGACCGGCCACCCACCCAGCUUUGGUAGGGUAGACGUAUGUUCGUAUCCGGCCGCAGCCGCUGUCCUCCAUGUAGAGUGCCGUGUGUGCACCGUCGAUUGGUGUGGGUGUGUGUCUCGUAGAGAAGAUCGCUUUGCAUCCCAGUACUGGAGGGGGGGGAUCUCAGCACUGGAGGGGGGGAGGGAUGGUGCAUAUGUGUGUGUGUGUGUGUGAG